UGUUUGCUUUGUUGCAUAUUUUUUUUGUUCAAAAUAUUUUGUGCCAUGUAAAGUUUGUAUUCUGUUAAAAAGUUGCACCUUGUGCAUUUGUGCAGUGUUUUAUUUUUUUGCCAAGGGCUUAGAAUCAUAAUGCCUUUAUGUUAGAUUACUUUUUAUCUUAGAUUAUUAUUUUAGCAAUAAUUGCACCACAUUUCCAUUUCAUUGCUGUUACUCCCUGAGGAGUUUGUAAAUAUUGUUCAUUAUCAAUUGUUAGGUAUGUGCUUCUCAGAGUGUGUUUUGUAAUUUUGCAAGUGAUUAAGUAGUAAUUACCAAAACCAUUAGAACAUGUUUUGAACUUUGUUAGGGAAUAAUGGUAUGUCUAAAUCUGUGAACAUUAGUAGGUUAUUAAAAACCUUAAAAACUUGAUGUUUUUUAAAUAUUUUAGUUUCUAAAUAGAUGAACUAAUUGAUUUUAAACAAUGAGUCAAAAGGAACAAUCGAAAUUAGAUAGGUUUUUUAAAGUUAAGCAUAUUGUAUCUGCACCUACCACUACACUAAUGCCUGGUAAUAAAAAGAGACUAAACUUAUCAUUAUCAAGAACACCAAUGAAGUCACCAAAAUUGUUACUAGAGGAUCAUAGUGUGCCAGCAGUGAUAGAUUUGACAAGUGAUGAUGAAAUGCGGGAUGCAGAUGAACUUAAUUGUAGCGGCACUUCUGCAACUUCUAAUAGUUCGAACACUACAAUUACAUACAGCCCUGCAUAUAAUACAUCUCCAGGAACUCCAAAAUUGCUCAGUCCAUCGCCAAAAAAGAAAUUUUAUUCGCCUUCUAAAAAGAGACAGCUUGCUAUCAAAAGUCCUGUAAAGGCAAAGCGAAAUUUGAGUCUAUCAUUGGGAUCACAAGAUGUAAAGGAUGAGGAAUUCAAAGAAAAAACAAAAGGAGUAGAUGAUAAAACAAUAUUCCUUAUGAAAAUCGUUAAUGAAUGCUUGAAUGACAGAAAUUUACGGCUACUCAUAAGCGAAAAGUCGUUGGAACUUUUUGAAAAAUAUAUGCAAGCAAAACCUCCGGGACAAAGGAUAGUAUGCAGACUGUACUGGCAGGUGGAGCAGUGGUGUAGAUGGAACAAAAUAAAAAACAAUGCUUGUGGUAACAAAGAAAAGAAAGAAAAAAAAGAAAAGCAAGAAAGAACAAAUAUUGAUUCCAAAGUUGACAUUGAUGACCCCGUUAUACAGGAUGUGUUGAAUUAUCUCAUUGAAAAUGGCUUUAUUGCGGUGGCGCAGUAUAAUGGAGAAAAACACGAUUUGAAUUUUGAUGAAAUGGUUAAGAUUGUGAGUAGAGAAGAGUUGGAAGAAAUAUGCAAAGGAUUUAAAAUAAAAGAAAAAAAUAAAGCAAAGGGCAUACAACUAUUGAAGAAUUUUAUGCAACAAAAGACCAACAUCGCCUCAUAUUUUGGCGGAAGAAGUAACAACGAAAGUCGCCUUUUGAAGGUGUUGGGUGCGAAGGCUGGGAAAUGCUACAAGCUCGCCGAUCAAGCUCGCCAAGCAUUGAACGAACUGUAUAUUUUGAUGUAUCUCGGCAUGAACUAUAGCAUCAUCAGCGAUAAGAACUUGGAACAGAUGCUACUGAAUGAAAAGUCACAGCGUGAGAGCUAUCCCGUCGACGUUGAAUUGCUGGACAACGCGAGUGUAGUCUUCAAAAAUAGGCUAGAAUUUGAACGGUAUCUGAACGCACAUUCCAUUUAUGGAGAUUUUUUGGCAAAGACUGAAUUAAAGGAGAGAUGCAGGAUCAUUGAAUCUGUUUUUGGUCUUUUUAAAGCUAUUGACAAUGAUGAAAUGAUGACCUACAAGUCGCUGCCAGUUUGGUUACGUCGCUUCACCCCUGCUUACAUAUUCGUGAAGAUUCUCGGAGAAGGCAUCACCGACUUAAAGAGAGACAAGACGAAAGCAACUCUCAUCCACGACAUUCUGUCUGCGCUUAUUGAGCAAAACGUGUUCAGGCAACACAAGAAAGCGCAUUGGAUUGCGGAAAAGGCUCUUGUCUUGGACAAAUUCUUGGGCGAUGCGGAUCAGGCAGCAAAAGUUUUGCUAGAAGGAUUCAGCUCAAACCUACCGACUGAAGCCGAGCAGUUGCUGUACCCGCGGGCUCUUAGACUGGCGAAACGGAAAACAAACAAAAUCGAUGUAGUAACAGCAGACAAAAUCGCAGUGUACGCGCAGAAAGUGGCCAAUUGGGAGAAAGAGAUAUCGGCGAGGCACAUUUAUAAAGUACCCAUGGACAACUACGGCAAAGGCAAGCUGAAGUUUGAGGCUAUCGUAGACGGAGCCCGCACAAAGCUGAGCGUGGAGGAGUAUUGCAUACACCACUACAUCCACGUCGACUCCAUGUACACGCACGGUGGGCACUGGGAGGGUAGGAUAGUAACCACAUUUUUUUUCCUCCUAUUCUGGGACAUAAUCUAUGCGCGCCUGCGCGGCGUGCGCGGCCUGUUCCUCUCGCGCUACCAGGCGCACCCACUAGACCUCUACACCGAUAGCUUCUAUGCGAACCGACAGCUCCUGAUCGAGGACAGACUGAAGGAGAUCGAGAAGUCCACGGAAGGGGAUAUGUUGGCCCGGAUGCAGGCUACGUGGGAUAACAGACCUGAAACUGAAAUAUCGGGCAUAAACCGCAGCAUAGGGUGGGACAAUGUAAGCGCGGUAGCGGCGUGCCUGGGCCCUCGCCGCGUGGCCGUGUUGUGUCGUCGCCUGGCCACGCGCUACCACUACGCGCACAGCGGGUUCCCAGACCUCACCCUGUGGAAUGUUCACACUAAGCAGAUAGUAUUCGUGGAAGUAAAGACUGACUCAGACAAACCGUCGAUGAAGCAAAUGCAAUGGAUGCACUACCUCAAAGACAAUAAAAUUAACGUCGAGUUCUGUUACGUAGGCGUUCACACCAAGAGCGCCCGCUCGAGGAACUGCGGCGAAAUGGAAUAUUCUGAGGAUGAUGCUGAUGAUUAGAUCUGGUGAUGAUCAUGAUAACGAUUUGAUGAUAUAAGAUUACAAAACCUUAUGAACCGUUUUUUUAGUUUAGAGGGCAGUACAGAAAAGUCGAUGACGAUGGAAAAAUAUCUGUUUGUUAUGAUCAGUAAAUUUUGUGAUAAUAGUUUUUACAAUGUAUACUAAUUUAGGAUUAUAAUAUAGAGAUGAGAUAAGAUAAUGAUAUAAUAACUUAAGCAUAGAUUUACUAAUAUUUUAAAUUGGUGCUAUUAAGUAUAGAUUAUAUAAUAAUAUUUCUUUAUAGUACCUUAGUAGCCGCCUUGUAGUAAUUAUAAUUAUUAUAAGGCGGCAAAAUUCAAAUUCAAGCACAAUCGACACAAUUCGAAAGGCAGUCUCAAAAGCACAUUAUGUCCCUUCUGUGUUAGGUAAUUUUUGAAGCUAUUGAACAAUUUUUUUGAAAAAUAAAAUAAUUAUUAUGGUUUUUGCUAGCUUAGAGAUGUUUUGCUUUAAUUUUCUACAUUUACCUAUAUCUGCAUUUAAAAUUAAUGUUUAAAUAUACGUCGAUUAAGUAAGAUUUCGAUUGACAUUGUGCAUGUGAAGUACAAAAUCUGAUACUUUCUAAUUAAAAUUGUUUUUUUUUUGGAUGUACAUUCGAACUAUUUUGUUCAAUUAAUACAUAUUUACAUACAUAUUACAUAUACAUACUUUUGUAUUGAAAUGUUUUUUAAUUGUAUGGUUGAACAUUGGGUGGGCGUUGGACUAAGUUCCAUUACGGGUCGAUUUAUACUAACGCAAAUUCGCGCGAAUUUCUAAAAUUUAACACAGCAUAUUGAUUUGUAUUUGGUGAUUAAAAAUUCCUUUACUUCGUUUUAUUUCUCGGUACACGUGGAGAUAGAGGUCAAUAUACUGAACGCUGCUAGUAUAAAUUGACCCUACGUGAGCAAAGCCUGAGGAACAUCUUGUAUGCUUAUACUUUUUCAUGAUGUGACAUGAUUUUGUCUUGCAAGUUUAACCAAAUACGAAUUAUUUAUAAGAGUAAAUUCUUAUAUCGAGAUCCUGAAUCCGGAUGAACACUAACUACCUACUAUAUAGAAAAUCGUUUUGAAUUAAUAAUAAAUUAUUUUUGAGAGUUCUU